AUGGAUCCCUAUUUUCGUAAGAAUUCUGGUAUGUGGACUGAGUGGGAGAGAAAGACUUUGCUCUUCCUCUUCUACUGCUGCACCCUCGCCACGCCUUAUUCGGCCUACCUGGAUCUGCAAGAGUUGAAGCAUCAGGGCACUAAGCCGCCGAGGCCAGUAUCAUUGGAGUCGCGCUUUAUGAACCAGAGACGCUACGACUUCACUUGGAUGCACCCCCAGGAUAAAUUCUGCUCCGAAUGCCGCCCUGUUGAACUGGAGUGUAAGAAGAUGUGCUUCGAUCGUUACAGGUCCAUGGACUACCGCAUGUACGGCUUCCAGAGGCCUCGUAUCCAGACCUACUACUCCUUCUCUACUUGCCCCCUGAGGGAUAUGUUCUCGUUUCUAUCCAAGCUGACAACUGACUCGCCCAAGAAGGAGGCGGCUGAGGAAUCCACAGUCGCAGUCGCCGAAGAGGUAACCGGUACAGGAGUGGAGGUUACUAGUGUUACCGUUACUAAAGUUGAGGAGGAGCCCAAGGGAACGUCUGAGACCAAUGCAGCAACUGGCAGUGUUGAACCUGUAGCCUCUGCUGUGGAGGAGUCGAAUGGAGCUAAGGUCGCUGAUGGUGAGAGUGAUGAGGCCGCAGUGGCUAAGAAGGAGGAUGCUUUGCGAUCCACUAGUGAAGGGAAAGAUGAGGAGAAGAAGAAGUCUGCUGAAAGUGGAGUGCCUGAGGUGUCCCAAGCUAAGGUCACUUCAACCGAAAACAAAACUACAACUGAGAUGGGAACUCCUGAGGCGACAAAGGAGAGUUCUACGCCGACUGAGGUUGAGAAGGAAGAGGCGAGUGCUUCGAGAGAAAAUGUGACCGAGAAGUCACCUAAGGAGACACCCAAGAGUACCAGUGGGAAUAAGAAGAACAAGGGGAAGAAGAGCGUUGAGAACAGCCCGAGUAAAAACGGCGAAGAUCUGGAGAAGGAGAAUGAGGAGCUGAAGAAGAGGAUAUCUGACCUCACAAAGAGGUAUGAAGAGCAACACUCGGAGUUUGCCCAGAAGAGGUCGGAGCAGAAGCAACUCGUCAGUGUUAUCACGCAGCUUUACCAGUUGACUAUGGGUAUUGAUUCUAACACGCCUACGACCGAAUUUCCAAAGCAGCGUAACAGUUCCUCCCCGAAGACUCAGUCGAGCUCCACUGAUAAGAAGGGUCGCAAGACCCAACGGAGCCCUGGAAGUGCUGGUCCUAGCUCCUCGGCCCUCACUAAGGGCGACAAGGCAGCUGUAUCACCUUCCUCUAAUGCUACCGAUAAGAAGUCUGCGGCGUCAGCAUAUCGUCGCUCUCAGGAGCGAAGUCUGCAACAACUCAUUGCAGAGGCUAAAGCUCGUCAAGCACAGUUGAAGAGCAAGAGAAAGAGCGAAAGCAGUGUUGUCGCAUCUGGCCCCAACCCUGAGUCCGUCCGCGAGCAGCUUCGAGUGGCCACUACUAAGAAGGAAGUUGAGGAUGCUAUCAACGAUGCGAAGAAGCUGAAUAUGACCUACGAAUUGUCCCUCGGUGAGAAAAAGCUCAACGCCUUGACAGCGUAA